AUGGAAGCGAGGCGGUUCGUAAAUUUCCAACCAAAUAUCAUUGUGUCCUGCCUUGAACGGCGCUUCUCAAGGAAGGCAACUGUCUGCCGGGGUGCGGCGGAGCAAUCUGGCAUCUGCGGCUUCGUUGCAACUCCAAUGGAUACCCUGCAUGAGCGGGAGAUGGCCGGCGAGGCGAGAUGCUGUCUCCAGGCGGGGCGGGGCGGUAUUGAACGGGCAUUGUACAGAGUAGCAUGUGCUGCUGGCGUGCAGCUUCUUGAACCUUCUCAGCUUCGAAUUGCCGCGAAGCUCAUCUCAGCUCAGUUAAUACCUCCCAAGGCUAGAUGGACUUCUAAAUAUAAUCCUUGGCAUCGACCAACAAUCGCACUGGCUUUUCACGCCGCUUUGCAUCGUACAUACGUGACGCAUCGUACAUACAUACGUCUCGCCUCGCCUGCCUUCCUGCGCUGGUUCGUCGGCGUAUUGAUCAAGGUUUCGAAGGCCAAACAUAUCCACGUUGUUGUGUUUCAGUACGCACAACCUCCCAUGAGGCAUUAUUCCGGGCUUGGUCUCGAUAAAAUCACCUCCAGCGAUCGUGACCGCUUCGCCAUAAGCCGACGCCUGGCACAAAUGUUGCCCAGGCCGUCAAACGCCGCUGCAGCUCAAGAUGGCCAGGAGACAAGAUUGCUUUGCAGGCCUGGGCGGGCCGCAGCCGCAAAUUUGACGGUUGAGCGCGCGACAAGGUCGAGCGAGGCGAGGCCGUGUAUGAGGGUGAGGUGGGACGCGCGACCAUGGCCCCACCUUCCGAAGCAUGAAAGCAACUUCACGUGCUUCAUAAAACGGUCAAGCUCCAUCACCAACAACCUCGACCAGCACAAGCACGCCCGCUUCACAUAUUCCGAAGGGAGCUACACCGUGGCUUCCAACAUACCGUCAAUGGCACAUCGACCCUUCAAUGCGGAGCGCGACAGUAAAGGAGCCUCAAGUCUAUGGACAAUGCAGCGCGCGGAGUCGCGUCUCUUCUUGCGGGCAGCAGGCUGCUUGCUCUGUGCUGCUCUCAUUGUCCUGGCGACAAUGGGUCGAGAGAGCUCGCAAAAGGACGUGCACGCUGGAAAACUACGAGUUUUGCUGCCACCACUACUUACUGAAGUUCGACCACUUCACUCUCACCUCAAACGUCUUGGGACCCACAUUCGAGGCGCAAGCUGGGCAAGAAGUGAGCUUUUCGACUUCGCUCCACUCAUUCCUCAGUCUUUGGGCCUUCUCAUUGGCCUGCUGGGAACCUCACGCUUCACAAUGGCACGUGUCAGCCCAUUGAACCUCACAUUCUUCCCCACAGCAAUGGGAAGAAGUUGCAAACCUCACUUGGACAUUGGUAUAUCUUGCUCUUCUCAAGUCGACUUCUUCUUCUUCUUCUUCUUCCCACUUACCCCAAACACGACUUUCAACCCCCUCUCGACGCUCUUCUUCAGCUUUUCAGCUUUCGACAAAACUUCUUUACCACUUCUACUCCACGCCCUCAACAACUCCAUCCAGACUCACACCACGUACCUCCAAGAUCACGAGAUUCGCGGACUCCGUGAGCAGAUCUUCGGUAAAGCUGAUCUUCCGUCCAAUGCUGCGAUCCUCUUCCCUCAUGUCCUCAAGAACAGCGCUACCUACGCCCGCACUGGUGUCUUCGACCCACAAGAACUCUUUCAGGUAAUCAUUUCCUCUUCUGGCUCGAAGCACAAGGCUAUCUUGGUGUGUGGUGUCGGAAUGGCAAAGAAGGCUGUCGCUCGUGGUCCUGAGAAAGACUCUGCUGUGGCGGCGCUUGCUGGGCUGUUGCAGGCUCUCUCGGAGGCGAUGGGAUGGUACACCGACACACUGCUUGGGGAGAUCGAGACUUCGGAGGACAGUGAGAACGGUGGCGCGGUCAAUCUGGGAAUGGUCGAGGACGGAUUCCACUUCGCGAGCCGGCGCUUGAGUAAGUCUUCCCUCCGACCUGCGCUGAAAUCGAGCAAAACUAAUCACUUCACAGACAAAUUCCACAAAAUUCUUGGCAGAGAAAUGGCAUCACUUUCGACAGAUUGCAUGGAUGCGCUCCGCUCGCACAUGAACUUUUCUAAAAUCUUGAGCUGUCUCCUGUUUUUCCAUCUCAAUUCCAUCCAAAUCGCGCGGUUCGCUCCACUCGAUUGGCUGAAAACAAAAAAGAAAGUGGACUUGAGUAGGCUCCUUAUAUUCUCGAAAGUUGAAGGCAUGCGCUCCGCUCGAUUGGGUGCUUCUUUCUAUACUACCUACCAGAGCGAAAAAACCCAGGAGCAAAACGAACGAUUCAAAAAAUCUGAAAGCUGUUCCUGUUUUUUCCUUCGUCGAAUUUCUUCCACCCCAACAUUCUAG